UUGACUAUACUAUACAUGUAAUUCUGACCUUUAAUCCUUGCAUUCGUUCUUUGUUGCUGUCUUAUUAUCUCGAAUUGUUCUUUUUUGUAAUAUGCCUGCCUUGGCACACGUAUAAUAAUACUUAUUCCUAAAUAUUGUGAAUCAGGAAUUUCAGAAUAUAUUUCAGGAAGCAUCAUCAUGAUUGGCCUAUUUUUAUCUCUGCUGGGCUGGAUAGGAUUGAGCCCAAUACCACUUGCAGCAUCUUUAAUUGGAACCACAGAACCAGCAAUAAAACUUUUAAUUUCUAUCCUAUUAGGAUAUCCUCUUGGCAUCAUAUAUAACAAGCAUGUAAAGAAAUACAAAAGAUAUAGAAAUAUUUAUUUUAUAGUCACUGGUCUUGAUAUAGCAUUCUACAAUUUUGGUUUGUCGUUCUAUCACAAUCUUAUACCAGCAAUUGUUAUUUAUCUUAGUACAAAAACUUUAGGACCAGGUAGAAACAAUGCUAUUGUCACAUUUAUAUUCAAUAUGACCUACCUCUUGGUUGGAUAUGUCAUGACAGAAUCGGAGGAUUAUGAUAUAACGUGGACAAUGCCUCACUGUGUUCUAACAUUAAAAUUAAUUGCUCUCUCAUUUGAUUUAUGGGAUGGCAAGAAAAUGUUAAAGGGGGAGAAACUUUCUGAUAACAAUAAGCAGACUGCACUGGAAUCUACACCACAAUUUUUAGAACUUAUUGGAUUUGUUUAUUUCCCUGCUUGUUUCCUUGUUGGUCCUAUAUUUUCAUUUAGAAGAUACCUUGAUUUUAUUUCUGACAAAUUCCCUGUUGAUAAGGAAGCUCACUCUUUAGAAGAUCAAGCAAUGAAGAGGCUUAUCCAGGGUCUAAGCUAUCUGAUAGCAUUUCAAGUUGGAAUUUCUGUUUUUGAUAUGAAGUAUAUGCUUUCUGAUGACUUCUGGGAGACUUCAGUUAUAUAUCGUCAUUUUUACAGUGGCUUGUGGGCACAUUUUGCCUUGUACAAAUAUAUUUCUUGUUGGCUGCUAACAGAAGCUUCAUGCAUACGUUUUGGUUUGUCAUAUAAUGGCAAGAAGAAAACCGAAAAGGGCGAAGUCUCCCAAUGGGAUGGGUGUAAUAAUAUUAAGUUAAUGAGAUUUGAAGGAGCUACUAAGUUCCAACACUACAUUGACAGUUUCAACUGCAAUACUAAUCAUUUCGCUGCUGAAUACAUCUACAAACGUCUAAAGUUUUUGGGAAAUAGAAACCUCAGUCAAUUUUUCACUUUAUUUUUCUUGGCACUCUGGCAUGGUACUCGCUCCGGUUAUUACAUGACAUUUUUCAAUGAGUUUAUUAUAAUAUAUAUGGAAAAAGAAUUCGAAAGCAUUAUAAGUAAAACAGAAAUGUAUAAUAAGCUCUGGAAUUCAAAUGCCAAAUACCUGCUAUAUGUUUUACUUAAAACCUAUACUAUUGUAUUUAUGGGAUGGAGCCUCAUUCCAUUUGAUGUAAAAGUAUUUUCGAAAUGGUGGGGGCUCUAUGCUAGUCUAUAUUUCUCUGGGUUUAUAAUUUUCUUGCCUUGGGGAUUUGUUUAUAAGCCUCUCCUAAUAAAAGUAUUAAAGAAAUUAUCACUAUCUCAGUAAAAUGCAGAAAAUGAUAGUGUUGUAACAAAUUAGACUGUAAUAUAGGUUGAUUACUUAUGAAAAAAGCAAAUAUGUCUACAAAUUUAGGUUGUAUUCUUUAUUCGUGGUUUUCUUUUUUCAAUUUUUUGGUGAUUAUAUUCUAAUUCUUACUAUCAAAAGCAAUAGUUAUGUAAUCCAUUAAGACUAAAACUUGUUAGAAGUAAAGGAUUUAUAAUUUCUAUUUCUAGAAAUAAAAAAAGUCACAUUAGGUCUUAAUACUCACGGUAUACCUCUGAUGUGUAGAUCAGGUUUGUUUUGUGAGUUUACAUAAUAGAAUAUUAUAGCUUUUUUGACUGCAAUCAUGACUAAGUAAGUAAUAGUUUUGUGUAUUUAAUCAUGUUGCAUUCUAGGAACUAAUAUUACAAAUGUGGCUGUUUCGAAUACAAAAUGAUGUAUUUGUAUAAGAUUAUUGAUAAUGGUAAGGAAGAGCAAGAAGAAAAGGAAAGCUAAGAAAUGAAUUUUAAAAAUAUUUACAUAUUGUAGAUAAAGCUUGGAUCGAUUGAGUAGCAUUAAGGUACUUUAAAUAUAUUUACAGUUAAUUAA